GCGGAACAAAAUAACGUUGCCUGUGUUGUAGCCCGACCUCGAUAUUUGUGUCACAGGAAGCGCGCUACACGGAAGUUGUAUUUUCUUUGUGUUUCUCCCUUUAGCGUCGUUUUACAUAAAGAAAGUAACACGUUAUCUUAGUUAUGCACGAAGUUUUAGAGUUUUAUUGACCGCGGGGUAUCACUAAGCAACGGAGCUGUGUAUACGUGUCUGUAUUUGCCUGGUUUGAUGAUGGGCGAGCGGGUUAUUUUGCAGAGAGUUUGUUAACCCCGGUCAGAAAGCUAGCGUGUUAGCCGCGUCUGUGCACUACUGUGAGCUGAGCAGAACGACGCAGCUGCGGGAUCAGACAAAUUAAAAAAACCUACUUACGUUAACUGUUGUCUAUCUACCAGCGAUAACCAAAACGGAGAAAAUGCACCGAACACGCGAAUCCACCUCAUGAUCUCUGCAAUAGAGAUCUUCUUCAGGUGUAGGAAUGGACGAGCAGAAAUCAAACUGCGAAGAAAAUGAUUCAGAAACUGCAGCUGAUGAUGGGACCUCUGCAAAGGAGAGCAUCCAAUCUGAGGGGGAACUGAGUGCCCCUGUUGCUGCAGAGGACAUCUCAGGCACUACUGUGGACACUUCCAGCUCAUCAUUGGAUACUGUCAGGGCUUGUGCUCUGUGUAACUGUGUGGAGCGUAGUCUGCAUGGACAGCGGGAGCUCCGGUGUUUUGGACCCUCUUCCGAUCGGCCCAGCUUGGAGCUCUCUGUCUCCUCUUUGCCAGCAGCUGGAAAUGAUGACCUGUCUUCCAUUGGAUUCUCUGAAUCCACCUGUCUGGCAUCUCUCUUUGAUGACACGGGGAGCUGCUGGGUUCACCACUGGUGUGCCGUGUGGUCUGAGGGAGUGGAGCAGACUGAGGGUGAGGUGCUGAUAAACGUGGAUAAGGCAGUCAUCUCAGGGAUACAGCGGCCAUGUGAUUAUUGUAAAAGGAUGGGUGCUACCAUCCGGUGCCGGGCCGAAGGCUGCUCACGGUUCUACCACUUCCCCUGCUCGGCUGCGAGUGGAUCAUUCCAGUCCAUGAAGCAGCUGGCGCUCCUCUGUCCAGAGCACAUAGACAAGGCCGAGGAGAUUGCCGGAGAGGAAGCACGGUGUGCAGUGUGUGACUCCAUUGGGGAACUGUCGGGUCUGCUAUACUGUACAGGCUGUGGGCAGCACUAUCAUGAUGCCUGUCUUGAGAUCAGUGCCACACCACUUCAGCGGUCAGGUUGGCAGUGUCCCGAGUGCAAGGUGUGCCAGACCUGCAGGCAACCAGGGGAGGAUUCGAAGAUGCUGGUUUGUGAUGCUUGUGACAAGGGCUACCACACCUUCUGUCUACUGCCAGCCAUAGACUCUGUGCCCCCUGAUUCAUGGAAGUGCAAACGGUGCCGUGUGUGUAUUGACUGUGGCAUGCGAGGGCUAAAGCUUCCUGGCUCUGAACAGUGGUUUGAGAGCUACACAGUAUGCGAGGGCUGCCAGCGCAAGCGCACCUCUGUCUGCGGCGUGUGCAGUAAGGCCACGGAGCCCUCUGUCUCCCUGCAACAUCGCUGUGCCAUCUGCCACAGAUGGGUACACAGUGAUUGUGCCUCUCUGUCAGGGUCUCCUGAUGAGAAAUGCAUCUGUGUGCUCUGCGAAGAAAUCCCAGAUGAGGCUCCGACCGAGUCUGAGGUGUUGUCGACGCAAGAAGAUGAGAAAGCUGAUUUAGAGCCAAUGGAGUUGGGGACAGAGCUUGAAGUGGUUGAAACGGCAGAAGUGAAAGAAAGCAUUAUGGAGGAGGAACUAUGGCCAGAAGGUGCUGAGGGCUCCACAGAGACUAAUGUGCACAGUGAGGUCUCUACAGAGCAGCAGGCCCCUUUAGCUACGGUUUCAGAGGUUGAUGGAAAAGAAAAAGAGGUGACAACUACCAUUGCAACAGUGGUUACAGAGGCCAUUGUGGAAAAAUCUGAGGAUACUCAGGACCCUCCUGUGAAGGAUAGCCCAGACAGUCCUGUACCGGACACUAUAGAGGAAGCCCAAACUGAUGUAGCUGAAACUAACAUAGAAAGGCAGGAGGAGUUGCAAGGGCAAGACCAUACUCUUCAGACAGAGACAGAGUCAAUCUGCACAGAGGAGACUACAGAAACAAACCCUCCAACAAGCCUGUGUUCUCAGUCUUCUCAAAUCACACUCCCUGUUUUGGAAGAAGCAGAGCCAGUUGUUAUGGACUUGGAGGAGGUGGGAUCUGAGGCACGGCAAGAGGAGGCGAUAGACCGGACUCCUCCCCCUGCUCCUCAGACUGAAAUGCCCCCUGCAUCUGACACUGAUGAUAGAAUGGGCCAGUCUGAGGAUGAAGAAGAGGAGGAUGAGCAGGGGGUGGAGGAAUCCUUAGAGGAGUCGCUCCUCAAAGAUGAGAGUCAGGGAGACGAUGACCAGUCCAGGAAGGAGAUGCAAGAGGAUAUGAAGCCAGAGCUGGUCCUCGAUGAGACAUCAAACAUUAGCCACGGUGACGAGAGCAGCAGCGGUUUUCUUGGCUCGCCGGCUGAGGCAGACUCUCAGAUGCUGUCCAUGGAACUCAGCCUGAUGCCAGCCGGCAGGUCUCGUUCUGAUUCGCUGCUAACCGAAACGGAGGACUCCAUGCCUUUUGAUCCACUGAAGCCCGAUGGAGAUAAAGUGAAGCGCAGGGGUUCUCCAGGACGCUCACGGGUAAAGCAGGGCAGAGGUAGUGGUUUCCCAGGGAAGCGGCGGCCACGUGGUGGUGGCAGUGGCAGUAGUAGUGGAAGAGGCCGUGGACGGUCGCGUCUCAAAGCAAUGGCCUCUUGCAUUGAUGCCUUUCUACAAACCAUGACUGCAGACACUGGACUUAGCAAAGAAGAAGAUGAGGAGGAAGAUGACACCAUGCAAAAUACUGUGGUACUUUUCUCCAACACUGAUAAGUUUGUCCUGCAGCAGGACAUGUGUGUAGUGUGUGGUAGUUUUGGACAGGGUGUGGAGGGCCAGCUUCUAGCCUGUGCUCAGUGUGCACAAUGUUAUCAUCCAUACUGUGUGAACAGCAAGAUCACCAAGAUGAUGUUGAGAAAAGGUUGGCGUUGUCUUGAGUGCAUUGUGUGCGAGGUGUGUGGGAAGGCUUCAGACCCUGCCCGUUUGCUGCUUUGUGACGACUGUGAUGUCAGCUAUCACACUUAUUGCUUGGACCCACCCUUACAGACUGUGCCCAAGGGAGGUUGGAAGUGCAAAUGGUGUGUGUGCUGUAUGCAGUGUGGUGCUAGCUCCCCUGGGUUCCACUGUGAGUGGCAAAAUAACUACAAUCACUGCGGCCCUUGUGCCAGCCUGGUAACCUGUCCUGUGUGUCGUGAGAACUUCAUGGAAGAGGAGCUGCUGCUUCAGUGCCAGCACUGUGACAGAUGGGUUCAUGCUGUAUGUGAGAGUCUUUACACUGAGGAUGAGGUUGAACAAGCAUCUGAUGAGGGCUUUGCCUGUACAGCCUGCACUCCAUAUGUCCCCAGGCCUGUUGUGGAGUAUCCUAUGAUGUCAGCCUUCAAAAUGAAAGAACCAGAGCCACAAUUUUAUCGUCUGGAGGGAGUCUGGCUAACAGAGACUGGCAUGUCUUUAUUGCGAGGCAUGUCCAUGUCACCCCUGCACAAACGCAGACAGCGCCGUUCCCGACUGGGCACCAUGUGUAUUGAUGAGUUGAAAGAAGGCGAUGCAGAUGGUGAUGAGGGGAAAGGAGGUGCAGAAGCGAUGGAAUGUGAGCCCAAGUUAGAAGCCCCUGGGAGCCCAGAUAGGGAAGGAGGAGUGGACAGAGAAACUGGGGCAGAUGGAGGUGUAGAGGGCAUGGCUGACUGUGAAACUCUCAAAGGAGGAGUAGAGGAGACUGAAGACGGGAAGAAGAGGAAGCGUAAACCAUACAGACCAGGGAUUGGAGGGUUCAUGGUCCGGCAAAGAAAGUGUCACACACGAAUGAGGAGGAGUCUGUCUGCCUCUGGGGAUGGUGUUCCUGAAGGUCAAGCAGCUGAAACAAAACUUGAGGAAGGACCUCAUCCAGACAUACCUCUUGAUGUCCCAGAGGCAAAAACAGCAGAGGGAGAGGGUGAGCAAGCCAAAAAGCGCAGGGGCAGAAAGAAGAGCAAGUUGGAGGACAUGUUUCCUGCAUACCUACAGGAGGCUUUCUUUGGCAAGACAUUACUUGAUCAGAGUAAGAGAGCUAUUCUUGCUCCUCCAACCCAAAGACAUACGCAGGGCGUUCUGAGACCUCCAAUCCCUGGGCUUGGUGCCAAAAAUACAGCUUCUGAACCAGUUGAGGCCACAGUCAGGCCGACUGGUCUGCCUGUGGAGCUAAAGCAAGAGGGUGAGGGAUCCAAGCCUCCAGGAGAUCGAGCAGCAGAAGGGCAAGGAGCAAGUGUGCUACUUUACAACAAAGAUCAGAGCUCAGGAGAUACACAUGGGUCUGAUGUUCAGAAGAAUGAAGAUCUCCCUCAGGGACUAGAAGGUCAGGACUCUCAGCAGUUUUUCCAGAAAGUACUUGGACCUACUGAGGGAUGUGCCACAAGUGGGCCUCUGCAGCCUAGCAUUAAGCCGGUUCAGGAGGGUGAUUCAAAUCAAAGUAGUUGCCCUCAAAGAAACCUUCUUGGUGCUUCCUUACCUGGCGCACUCCCCUCAACUGGUAUGAUGGACUCUUUUUCAGGUCUCUCCCAGUCCCCCUUUUUCGACAUACGUGAUCGAGGUGGUCUUUUCAGUCCAGACCAGGAUGAGGAAAGCCCAUGGGCAACACCAUCCACUCCAGCCACCCCUUCCACUCCUCCAACUCCUACUGAACAGGAAAGUGAUGGCCUCUCAUACAAUCAGCGCAGUCUGCAGCGUUGGGAGAAGGAUGAGGAAUUGGGAAAUCUAUCUACCAUCUCUCCUGUACUGUAUGCCAACAUGAACUUCCCUAGUCUCAAGCAGGACUACCCUGACUGGGCCAGUCGCUGUAAACAAAUAAUGAAGAUUUGGAGGAAGGUAUCAGCUGCAGACAAGGUUCCUUUUCUGCAAAAGGCCAAAGAUAAUAGAGCUGCUCAGAGAAUAAACAAGGCACAGAAGCAGGCAGAGAGUCAAGUAUGUCGGCCUAUCAAAACUGAGCCUGGCCGUAUUAAAGGCCAGCGCCCUAAUCUGCACCUCCAAAUUCCUCCAGCCUCAGGCUCUUUAUCCACUCCCUCACAGCCGAGCUCUGCUGAGAGUCCUUACCCUCUUGCUCCUGACUCUGCAUCUUCAGCCUUUUUUACUGAUGGACCCCUCAAGACUCCUUGCUCAGCUGAUGCACAGACAGACCCAUUUUCUAAACUUCCCUCUCAGUCUCCGCACCUUCAGUCUCAGCCAUCCACCCCAUACUCACAGCCUUCUUCCAGCCCCUUGCCGGCCUCUUCCUCAGGAUAUCCUUUGCCUGGCCCACAGGGUGCUACUCAGGGACGGCCAGCCAGCUUUGGCUCCCUUGACAUGCAACCAGGGACUCCUAGCAGGGCCCAGCAGGUUGACCCAUUCUUUAAACCACAACAGCAGAUCCCCAAACCUCAGCAGCCCUCUCAGGAGGCCUUAGGUCCACCUGAGAGUCCUCGACCUAGACCUGGUGGGCCUGGAGACUCGCAGAUGUUCUCACCGCCUCAUACAACCCAUUGUGGUGACCCUUACCAUGGCCAGCAUGGAGCUAGCCGACAAGAUCAUGUUUCAUCUCCAUCACCAUCUGCAAUAGCUUCUUCACCUGCUGGGGUGGGCCCAAAUAGGGCAGAAAUGAAUGCCCCAUCUCCACGUUCUUUUGGCCGGCAAGACCUAAGCUCUGGUUCUCCUGCUAGUUUGGACUCUGGAGAUGGGUUAUUCAAGGCCCCCAUGACCCCUCGUAUGCAUCAGGGGGAUGCAGGUGGAUUGUCUGUUUCACACCCUUCAGGUGCCUCUCCUAAUCAUCCUCCUGAGACCUACCGCCAAUCUCCCUCAACGUUUUCUGACCCUUACGCCCAGGCUCCCCUCACACCGCGACCUCAAUCUGGUGACGGCUCCUCUCCUCUACCCCAGAGACUUCCUGCGCCUCAGCAAGAAGCAUAUUCAAGAUUACCCUCCAGCCCUCAAUCGCAAGGCAGUUCUCAUUCACCUCUCACACCAGGAACCAUUUCCAAUGAUGUGCUUUCUGUGCAGUCACCAGCCACGCCACGCUUCCAGUCACCUGACCCUUACUCCCGUCCACCUUCACGACCUCAGUCCAGAGAUUCCUUCGCUUCAUUGCAUAAACCCCCCCGCCCAUCUUCUGUAGCACCAGAAGGUAACUCCCCCUUUAGAGGUUCACCUCAUCCUAGCCAGCAACCCCCCUGUUCACCCACAGUAGCAGAUCCGCUCUCUGGAAAACCCCCAUUCAGCUGCAGUCCUGGUGUAGGGCUUCAAAUGGGCCAGCAACAAGUAGUUGGCCAGCAGCAGAUGAUGACUCCUCAGCAAGCUCAGGUCCACCUCCCACAGCCACAGUCCCAGACACAACCAGUGGGUGCUGAAUUUAACUCAAGAAUAGCACUUCCACCUGGAAACCAAGAUACAGCUGUGAGAGCAACAGAUGCUCCACAUUUACCCAACUUGCCAGGGGUGCAGGAUAUGUCAGACCUGUCAAGUGGACAGGAUCCAGCUCUCAUGAACCUUAGUCCAUCUGAGUUAGAAAAGCACAGACAGAGACAACGAUUGAGAGAGUUUUUGAUAAGACAAAAAAUGCAGAGAAACUCACUUCGCCAAGAGAAGGAAGCACCUGUAGUGGGUAACCCUGGUCAGAGUUGGCCAGGUGGGGAAAUGCCGGCCUUUCAGCAAGACAAAAGCCAGCGUGCACCACCUCCUUACCCUCAGGACAGAGCUGUGGUUGCUCAGGCAGCCCUUGCCACCAGGAUGCCUCUGCCAGUGGGAGCAAUGGAUGAAAAGCUCUGCCGCCCACCUCCUUCAGGGACACCAGCAACUAUGGACCCCAGUGCAUUAAGGCAAGCUGGGCCCAAUAUUUCUCAGGGGAUGUAUCCUCGUCCACCAUUUCCUGCACAGUGGCAAAACCAAGGUGCUCCGCGGAGGUUCCCACAACCGUCUAUGAUGGAGGCAGUUCCCAGGCAGCACCUUAAUACUCCCAUCAACAAUCCUCUGAACGUGCAGUCCAUGCCGAAUAUGCCCAAUCCUUUGACUGGGGUUCCAGGCACAGGCACAGAGACCGUACAAAGCCAUGUGUCGGGAGCUCCACCUCAGUUUAUAGAGCUGAGGCAUAAUUCACAGAGGAUGCCACUGGGUCCUCAGUAUAUGCAAAGGGCGCCUAUACCUAGACCACGUAUGUUUCUUCCACAGCAGGAAAUGAAUGCUGCUUUUGUUCAGCAGAAUUUACCCCCAUCUCUGGAUGCUUCAGCAGAGGGAAUCCGUAAUCCCAGAAUUGGGUUACAGCAAGGUGGCAUGAACUUACUGAUGCAACAACAAAGCAAUGUACCCCCUUCUCAGUCUCAACUACAGACUCAGCAGGUGCCCACUACUACAUCCAAAACUCCCAUUUCUCACACUACUACUCAACAGCUUCCUCAAACAAGUAGAAUAGGAGGUCAGCAGACUGUUGUGAAUCCGGUUGACCUACCUGAGUCUGACCUAGGGCUAGGUGAUACAGUGGCAGAAACUGGAGUGGAGGAUGAUGAUCUUGCUACACUUGACCUGGAUCCUGAUAAAGGUGAUGAUGAUUUGGGAAACCUUGACAAUCUUGAGACCAAUGAUCCUCAUUUGGAUGAUCUGCUCAACAGUGAUGAAUUUGAUUUGCUGGCUUACACUGACCCUGAGCUUGAUCAGGGUGAUCCCAAAGAUGUUUUCUCUGACCAGUUGCGACUUGUAGAAGCAGAGGGGGAAGGACCAGGGUCUUCUGCUAAUGUAGAAAUCAAGGUUGAAGAGAAACCAAAAGUGCAUAUAGCUUCCAAGGACACGCACACAACUGCCACUCAACCACCUUUAAAGACUGAGAGUUCAUCUACCAGUACUCCAAAGGUAGAGUCUUCUGAUGCCAUUAGGCUGUCCUCUGUAAAACUUGAAGACAAGGGAUUGAUUGAACAACAACAGUCAGGACAAGCUCCUGUUAAAGAUGACAAUCAACCAGAGACUGCAACUGCUUCAUUGAACACCGUCCGUUUAGGUGGUAUACCUUUUCCUCUUCCCAGCCAGUCUUUUCCACCAACUGCACCACAUCCGGACCUGGGUGGUGAUCCACUUGGAUUGCCAGAUGCUGGCCACCACUCUACAGCAGAUGAUCUUGACAAAGUAGAAAGCUCACUGGAAGCGAGUGAAUUACCUUUGUUAAUACAAGACCUUUUGGAGCAUGAAAAGAAGGAGCUACAGAAACAACAACAGCAGCAGCAGUUAGGUACUCUACAAGGAGGGAUUGUUAGUCAACUUCACAGCAUUCAGAAUCAGCAACAGCCUGCUCAAGGGACAAAUCAAAUUAUGAUGCCACAGCACCACCAUCCAUCCCAAGGCAUAGUGCCUCAAGCAGGUAUGGUGCCCAGGCCACCUCACAUGUUACCACAACAGCAGCAGAGGUUAAUUGGUGCUGCAGUGCCUUCACCUCCCCAUGCAGCGAUGGGACAACAACAAGGCGUUUUACGGGGUGUGCAGCCUGGUAGAAUUCAUCCUGGUCUUACUCCACAGCAGCAGACAGCAACACCUACACAUAUUGUCAAACAGCAGAACUUGGCCAGCAACUUUUUCCCAGAUAAAGAUCUGGAAAAAUUCAUGACAGAUGACAUAAUGGAUCCUAUUGCAAAGGCUAAAAUGGUUGCGCUGAAAGGAAUUAAAAGGGUGUUGGCUCAAGAUCCUAUUGGUGUACAACCAGGAAUGAAUAGGCAACAAGUAUCUCUUUUGGCUCAGAGGCUAACCUCAGCCCCUGGAAAUGAGGAUUCCCAGGCACAGCUUGCACCUGGGUCUUCCAAGGAAGGAGAAGGCAGCAACCAGGUUCAAACAAGACCAAAUCCUCCACAAUUUGGCAUCAUCAAUGAUGCUGAGCAGCACCAAUAUGAAGAAUGGCUUGUGCACACCCAGCAGUUGCUGCAAAUGCAGUUGAAGUUCUUAGAAGAGCAAAUUGGAGCACAUCGUAAAUCCCGUAAAGCUCUGUGUGCUAAGCAGCGUACUGCAAAGAAAGCUGGACGUGAAUUUGCAGAAGCAGAUGCUGAAAAGCUCAAGCUGGUCACUGAGGAACAAAGUAAGAUCCAGAAACAGUUGGACCAGGUGCGUAAACAGCAAAAGGAGCACACCAAUCUUAUUGCAGAGUACCGAAGCAAGCAACAGCAGCAUCAGCAAGGGUCUUCCAUACUAGCUCCUGGGCCCUCUACACAGGCACCCCACAUGCUUUCCAAAAUGCCUGGACAAAUGAUUAUGGGCCAACAAGGAGGUCCAAUUAUUGGUCAACCACCUGGAGGAAUGCCUCAAGUAGGGGUGCCUCAGGGAGGCAUGCCAGUUAGAAUGCCGCAAAUGCAACCUUUUGGUGGAGCCCAGCCUUCUCUCCCACUCGGAGCUGGCACUGUGCAACCAGUCCCACCUCCUGUUUUUUUCCAACAAGCCCCUGGAGCACAAGGACCAGAUCCAAGAGUCAUACAGGAACGACAGUUACAGCAAAGAAUGCAGAUGGUCCAAAAAAUGCAGCAGCAGCAACAACAACAGUUGAUGAUGGGGCAGCAGCCUAUGCCGCAUCAACCUCAGCAACCUGGUAUAAUGAAUCAGCAGCCUGGAGCCAUGGGCAACCAGCCAACCCAAGUUUUGGUGGGCAAUAUGGGGCAGCAGCAACCAAACUUACAACAAGGAUUAAUUAAUAACCAGCAAAAUCUGCAGGGGUCAAUGCAAACGACUCCAGGUAUGAUGGGAAACCAGGCUAUUGGGCAGACGCAACAUAAUGUCUUGGGCCAGCCAAUGACUCAGACUGUAAAUAUGAUGGCAGGACAUCCACAGGGUAUGGUUGGUAAUCAACAAAUUGUUCAGCAGCUUCAGAGACCGGGUGGACAGCAUGUUGUUAGAGGGCCAACAGCCCAACUCGUGUCUCAACAGCAGAGUGUAAUGGCUCAGCGCACACUCAUGUCACAGCAGCAACAGAAUGCUUCAAAAAACCUUGCUCAACUUCAGCAGCAACAAAUUUCACAACUGAAACAACCAACACAGGUUGGGCCCUCUGAGCCACAAAGAGCUUUAGAAACUCCACCAUCAGGGAGUACCCAAGGGGUUGCUGAGAACUUACAGCAAGGUGUCCAAGAUCUUCCAAAUCCUGACCGUAAAGAUGGAGGACUACUUAGUCCAAAAACACCCCCCCAGCAGGGUGGACCACCUACACCACUUCAGAUGCAACAACAGGGAUCUAGUGGAGAGCAGAAAUGUGGAGUUGGACAGCCACAGCAACCACAUGCAUUUCUGGGUCAACAACAGACAGCACAGCCUCAAUCAAACCAGAAUAUUGGAGUAGCAGAACAACGUGGUUUUGUGGGCAAUCAACAGGCUGGAUCUCAUCUUAAAGUACAACCACAGCAACAACAGAUUCAGCUUGGUCUUCAGACCCAGAACACCAUACAAAUAAAACAGGAAGAUCAGCAAAUGUGCUUUAUGGCACAACAGCAAGCUGGUCGGAUUGCUGCACAACAACCACAGGAUAUGCUUGGCCAAAAUAGCAGUCAGACUCAAACUACAAUGGCCGUCAUUACAAAUCAACAUCAGCAAGCUCUCUUGACUCAACAGAUGGGCAUUCCUAGAGGCCAGCAGAUGAUGAUGACUCCAAGGCCUGGUGCUCCAGCAGGGCAAAUACGUGCCCCUAUAAACAUUCAGGCCUUCAUUGCUCAGAACCCCCAGCUGCGUCACCUGACUCCCAGCCAACAGUUGCAGCAUAUUCAGGCAAUGAUUGCUCAGCGACAGCUACAACAAGGCCAGAUGCUAAGAAUGCAAGGUCAGGCUCAGGGACAAAUGCGUCCCCAGGUCCCACAGGGGCCACCAGUUGGUCCACGGAUGCCAGGUCUUGAAACCCAACAACAGCAGCACCGCUUUGCAUUAGCAGGCAAACUCGGUCCAGCUGGCACUCAACAGCAAUCCGGAGCAAUGGGACAGUUACCUGGUAUGGCUCCACAGUUUCAUCAAGGUGUUUCAGGGGCUAUGCAACAGCCUUCUCAAGGACCUUUGCCUCAGUACAUCAAUAGUACCCAGCAGCAGCAGAUGCUACAACAGCAACAAGUACAUCAGCAUCAGAUGAUGAGGGGUCAAGUACCCAGGCCAGUAAUGGCUCAAGUUCGUGCGACGGCACCUGGACAUAUGGCUAGACCGAUGUCUCCUCGUCAGUUAGUGGGUCCAGGUUCUCCUGGAAGCCCGCUUUCUAAUCAGCAAAGGCUCAUGAGAAUGUCUCAGACUCCACCAGGCUCCCAGCACCUUCAGCAACAACAACCCCAUGUGGCAACGGCACUGAGCCCCUUUCAAGCCUCUCCCUCUCAUGCAGGUUCUCCUGCAGGGUCUUCUGUUCCAGAACCUGGUUCAAGCCCAGCAUCUGCACACAAACCUGAGCCAGGCACCCUGUCUUUCUCUAGUCACUUGUCAUCGCCUUCUAGGCCAGAUAGUGUUGUAGGAAAGAGUAGCCCCUUUAGCCAGAUAGGGGGAUCAAUAGCUUCACCUAUGAGAUCUCCAGCUGCCAAGACUCAGAGCCCCAACACUGAAACUCUUUCAGCUCCUUUUCCACUCAAUGGUCCAUCUCCUCAGUUGGCACAGAAUCCACACCGAGCAACAACUGCUGCUCAAGUAUCUGACGGUCAUAUGUCUCAACCAACUCAACUGCCUAGUGAAAUAACACUGCAAAACAUCAAACAGGAACCACGUGAAGUCCAGUGUGACACAGGAGGCAGUGUAGAGGCCCAUUCUGAUGGCAUAAAGAGAGAAAUUUCUGGAGAGACAGUCAGUGCCACAGCUAUUGCGAACUGUGCUAUUCCGGGCUCUAGAAAUCAAGCAGGAGAUCUCGGAUCCCAAAUUCAAAGGACCGAGACUGGCCAACAGCUUCUGCAGAAACUCCUUCGAACCAAAAACUUACAAAUGGCUUCUCAGAGGCCCUCAGAUGGCAUUCAUAAUGAGAUAAAUGGGCACAUCAAUAGCAAACUGGCAAUGCUGGAGCAGAAGCUUCAAGGAACGCCACGAAACAUGGAGGAUCUGCAAUCACUCACAAAGAGAACUCCGAUAGUCAAGGCCAAACGUACCACAAAAGCUGGAGAACGUGGGCCAAACUCUAGAAAGAAAACAAAGAAAGAAGAGGUUGGAAAAACUGAGGCAAUAAUGAAGCAGCUGAAACAAGGACUUUCUCUUCUUCCUUUGAUGGAGCCCUCCAUUACAGCUAGUCUGGAUUUGUUUGCUCCUUUUGGCAGCAGCCCAGCCAAUGCUAAGGCCCAGUUAAAAGGCUCAUUUGGAAAUGCUAUACUGGACAAUAUUCCAGACUACUAUUCCCAACUUCUUACAAAGAACAACCUCAGCAAUCCUCCAACACCACCAUCAUCACUUCCUCCAACUCCACCACCUUCUGUGCAGCAUAAGCUUCUAAAUGGAGUGACACCUGUAGAAGAACUAGCAGAAGGUCAAAAAGAGCCAGAGGCAUCAGAGGAUACCAUGGGUUCUGUUCCAGAGGAAGUAAAGAGUGUAGACAUCCUAGCAGCUCUUCCUACUCCACCUCACAACCAAAAUGAAGAUAUACGGAUGGAGAGUGAUGAUGACAGUGAUGCUCCAGACAGCAUUGUGCCCGCAUCCUCCCCUGAAAGCCAACUAGGUGAUGAGACAACACGCUUCCCCCAUCUGUUGGAUCCCAAAGAGGAGGAAGAUGAGAGGGCCAUCUCUCCUGUUAUCCCCAUUAUUCCUCGUUCUGCCAUUCCAAGUUUUCCCGAGACAAAACCAUUUGAGUCAGUGGAUGGAAAAGUUGUGGCCUCAUCCAGCCAGUGGGACAAAACCAAAAGUAAUGAAGUGUCUGUAACUUUCAUGCUUACAUCAGCUGCAGCAAAGAAUAUCAACACAGUGAUGCUGGCUGUUGCCCAACUGCUGCACAUACGUAUGCCAAGUUCCUACGAGGCAGCUUUUCCCCAGAGUCCUGGUAGAGCAGGUGUUGGACCUGGGAAAGUACCUGACUCUUCCAACCCAGGUAUGAAGGCAGACACUUCUGCAAGCCAAGAUGCAGAAUGGCUUAAGCAAUUUGAUGUUUCCCUCCCAGGGUGUACCCUGAGGAAACAAGUUGAUAUUCUUGCUCUCAUCAAACAGGAAUGCCAAGAGCAAGAAGAUAGACCUGCUCAGCACUGUUACAUGACGAACGUUUCAGAUCUGGAUGUGCGCCACCUGCCUGUCAUUCCUGUCGAGGUUUCUCCACCUCCAUCACCAUCGCCACCUCCACCCCCAUCAUCUGCUAUAGCUGAGCCAGAAAAUAUCACUCAACCUGAGCCCAAACCUGAACCAGAUGCACCAGUUCAGACUACAUCAUCCCCUUCCGCAAGCCCAAGUGCUCCUGCUAAUACCGAAUCUAUAGUUAAACUGGAGUCUCACACCUCUCCCGUAACAGUGGAGUCUGAAUCUCAGGAGCCUGUGGUCCUUCCCCAAGCUGCUCCAUCAGAAGAACAACAGCCUUCUGCUCCAGCCACUUCUCCUCUUCUAGACUCCCCCACAAUGGAGAUAUCCCUCAAACCCAUCAAACACCGUAGCAGGCCUCUUUCUGAUGAAGAAGAAGAACGACCCAAGGUUAAAAAAUGGAAGGGUCUUCGCUGGAAGCGUCUCCAGAUAGUCAUCACUAUUCGCAAGGGAGGUUCUAAGAAAGAGAACAGCCGUGAAGUUUCCGAGCUCAUGGAGCGCCUCCGCAUUACACUGAAACCAGACAAGCUUCCCCGAGACAAGCGCAAGUGCUGUUUCUGCCAUGAGGAGGGAGAUGGUGCCACAGAUGGUCCAGCACGCUUGCUUAACAUCGAUGUUGAUCUGUGGGUGCAUCUUAACUGUGCUCUGUGGUCCACUGAGGUGUACGAGACCCAGGGUGGUGCACUUAUUAACGUGGAGGUUGCCCUUCGGCGUGGACUACGCACCCGCUGUGCCUACUGUCAGAAGACGGGUGCUACUAACAGCUGCAAUCGUUUGCUUCCCCAAAAUUUAUAACAUUUCCCCUGCAAAACCCGACACUCCACAUUUUUCAAAAAAAACAAUACUAUGCUCACCAACCACAACAACAAAAAACCCCACAGUGAAGAGGAGCUUAGCAGUUUUGCUGUUUUUCGACGCGUCUACAUCGAGCGAGAUGAGGUGAAGCAGAUUGCGAGCAUCCUACAACGUGGUGACCGCAUUCACAUGUUCCGUGUUGGCGGGCUCAUCUUCCACGCCGUGGGCCAGCUCUUGCCCUCUCAGAUGGUUGUGUUUCACUCACCCACUGCUAUCUUUCCAGUGGGCUACGAGGCCACACGCAUUUACUGGAGCACUCGUGUGCCAAACCGCAGAUGUCGGUACCGAUGUCGUAUCAGUGAGCAGGACGGGAGGCCCCUGUUUGAAGUGCGUGUGCUGGAGCACGGGUAUGAAGAUCUGCACUUCCGAGACACCACUCCAGAUGGAAUUUGGUCCAAGAUUGUGCAGCAGGUUGCCAAGCUGCGUGAUGAAGCAGCCAUGUUGAAACUUUUCACCGAGCAUGUCAAAGGAGAAGAGAUGUAUGGACUCACUGUCCAUGCAGUGAUGCGAAUCACUGAAUCGCUUCCUGGUGUGGAAAACUGUCAGAAUUAUACGUUCCGAUAUGGCCGCCAUCCUCUCAUGGAGCUUCCACUCAUGAUCAAUCCUACAGGCUGUGCACGAUCAGAACCCAAAGUUCUCACCCACUGCAAAAGGCCUCAUACUCUGAACAGCACGAGUAUGUCCAAAGCCUAUCAGAGCACAUUUACAGGAGAGAUCAACACCCCGUACAGCAAGCAGUUUGUUCAUUCCAAAUCUUCUCAAUAUCGUCGGUUGAAGACCGAGUGGAAGAACAAUGUGUACCUGGCCCGUUCUCGCAUUCAAGGACUGGGUCUGUAUGCUGCUAAAGACCUUGAAAAACACACCAUGGUCAUUGAGUACAUUGGCACCAUCAUUCGCAAUGAGGUUGCAAACCGCAGAGAGAAGAUUUACGAGGAGCAGAACCGUGGGAUCUACAUGUUCCGCAUUAAUAACGAGCAUGUGAUUGAUGCCACCUUAACUGGCGGUCCUGCCCGUUACGUCAAUCAUUCUUGUGCACCCAACUGUGUCGCGGAAGUUGUGACGUUUGACAAAGAGGACAAGAUCAUCAUAAUUUCUAGUCGCCGGAUCCCGAAGGGUGAAGAGCUGACGUAUGACUAUCAGUUUGACUUCGAGGACGAUCAGCACAAGAUCCCCUGCCAUUGUGGAGCCUGGAAUUGCAGAAAGUGGAUGAACUAACAGGGACAGAGAAAGAGUCCGACCCGUCUUUGCUCCCUGGUGCCAGAACACUCCUGCGCCAAAGCCUGUUAUAUUCUUACUAUCCAGUUAAUAAGCUGCUCUAAAUUGAGGAAGAAAAGUUCACUCUCAGUCACCUGAAAGACGAGACUUUGUUAUUCACAACAAGAGCCAAAGCUUUGAAGAUUAAACUUUUGAUGCCACAACCUUUUACAGAUGAGCUCAAAGGUAUUGGACCUGCUUGAAUCUUUCGUGUUGAUUAAAAAAUACACCUCUGCCAAAAGCACCUCUGUUUCCUCCUACAAUAAGCUGACUCUGGCUGCAAUCGAUCCCUUUGACAUCUACCAAAAUAACUGAAGCUAUAGCAUAUCAUUACACUUAGACUAGAACUCAGUGAAGAUGUUUGAUUAAAGCCAUGUAAGUACUGAAAACUGAACUAGUACACUUUAUCUUGGACCUAUCCUUUCCUCUACCACCCUUUCCGUCACCCCAAACGAACGCUCUCCCAUCAAAUCAUCAAUGAAGGUCAUGGACAUUGGCAAGACAAUCCUGGAGUGGCUCUGCGUAGAACUGUGAUGAGAUAACGUCGAAAUACUAUUGACCUGUGGCUCGAAAGGCACCAGAUGUUUUAUUAUAUUGAGUUAAAAGGUGGGUUUAUUUCACCCAGUCUACCUCAUUGAGUUUGUGGGACGUCACUGCUUUGUAUUAAACUGUUAAGUGCUACUGUGGAAAGGGGAAGGCAGGAAUGUCCAUGGCAAUUGCCUUCUCGGAUAAGCAGGGAAACUUAAGCAGCAGGUUUGCUUCUAUCUAUAUUUUGCUUUCUGAUGACUACAAUAGUGAGCCAGUGCAACUCUUUUUGAUUUGAUUAUACAAAUGAGAUACAGUAUAUGACGAUGCAUUACUUUAGAGCAAUCAAAACUCAAACGGGUGUCUUUGGAGGCCACCUUUUUCCGACUGUAGAUAUCAUGUAGCUGCGUCGACACAUGCAGAUCAUGCUUUUAGUGUAGAAAAACGUUCAUCUGGAUUCUCUCGUGUUCUUGACGAUGGAGCAAAUUAUGAGAAAGGGCCACAGUGCGGAUCCACGUUGGUGCAAUUUGAAAAAUUAUAGGGCAAAAAAAAAUAAAUAGUGAUGCAAGACUGCCACUGCGUUUGACAUGUUUUCCCAUCUUGAAUACUUCCAUCCUGCGUUCAUUAGGUCGCCGUUGGGAUCUCAUCACUCCAACCAGGACUCUUAGGUGUAAAGCCUCUUCCCUUCUGUGAUAGUGGACUGUUGUAAACUUACUGUAGUGAGUCUUUCUCUGCCUGCUGACGGCCGGUUGUAUCUAAAUCUAUGUAUUGUGGUUUGAUAGUGGUAGCACAGUCUACAGGCUUGACGCAGUGACAGAGGAAGACUUAAAAAGGGCAUUUCUAUUUUCUUUUAUAUUAAAGUAAUUUAAAACAGUUAAAAAAAAAACAGUUGAAUUUCAAAGAAGGGAGUUGAACAAAGUCUCCACAUAGCCCAUGCUACUUUGUUCUUUUCUCCCUUGACUUAUGACCUCACAUUAAGAAUAAAUGCAAAAUGUAUAAACUGUACAUAAUAGGGGUCUAAACUCUUUAUCCAGCCCCUUUUUAAUCAAAUUCAAAAUUGUAGAGAAAUAAAAUUCAUGAAAAAAGCAACCACUGGAUAUCAUUUUAUCAGAAAACUAAAUGUGUAUAUAUCUAUAAAUAUAUGUAAAAUGGCAAACUAAGUAAUAUCUUUAUGUAUAUGAACCAGAGUGUUUUUGCAUUUAACUUUUUUUUUCUUUUCUAUCUGCGUUUUUUCCUAUUAGACCAUAUACAUUUUAACUAAAAAGGUGUGAUGUUUCUCUUGUCUUCACUAAUGAAUUUUGGAAGACUGGUUGCGGUGAAUGGCAAACAUUUAAGAUGGGAUUCAUGCAAAAAAAUAAUUUUGUUUAAUAGAAAUGGAUUUUUUUUUUUUUUGAAAGAAACAGCAGUAAAAUGGUGCAUAGCAUUUGUGUAUUUAUGUAAUAUUGUUCACGUAUAUUUCUUUUAUUUAUGCUACUGCUUGUGAAUUACCGAACCCUGUCCUUGAAUCAGUGACAGUUUAAUUAGCAUAAAGAGUAAAUGUAAAAAAUCUUGAAUCUCCCAAGAUGAUACUGGUUUUGAUUUGUGUCCUGUUGUUUUCUUCCCCUCCCCUCCUUGUAGAAGUGAAUGUUUUAUAUGACUUAUGAAAAGGCCGCAUAGCCGGAAAGUGGUAUGACUUCAUUAAUCGAAAAUAUCUUCAUUAAUUACAUGUGAAUUGCACUCAGCAUUAUUUUAUUUAUACAUCCUCCGAACUAGCAUUGAUUCUUUUAAGGGUUGUCUGUUAUUAAACACAGACCUUACUGAAUUUUAGCUUGAGUGACUCUUUGCCCCCCUUUGUUCUUUUAAAAUCUCUUAAUUUAAGCUUUCUACACGUGUUGUAAUGAAAUAAAUCCUGAUUUUGGUUUUCAACUUGAUCUACUUUUUAAAAAAGAUGCUGCAACUGUACAGCAGAGCUACUUUUAGGGAAGAUGAAUAAAAUGGUCAUUUUUAUUGUAUGUGGCAUGUUUUGUAUGGAUAUAAUUUUGAAUUGUACAUAUUUUUUGACGUCAGAGGUUGCAUCUCUUUAUAUACGGCUGUCCCCUUCCCUCCCAGCCCUCCAUUUAUUUCUUUGUCUCUGCUUUCUUUCUUGUAAAGAAAAAUAAAAUGCAUUUUAAAUAUAAA